AUGCUUCGAUUAAACCGUUUCCCGACAAGCUUCUUGCAAAAUACAGCGAUUCGCCGCCAGUAUUCCAUACUCAGAAAGCUAAGAAAUGAGUCGGACAUAGAGGACAUCUUUUCCAAGCCCGCAGCACCAGCAAUCAGUACCUCGCAUGCCAAAGUGGACCCCUACAUACUCAGCAAACUGCUAAAUCUAUCAGGCCUAUCGCAAGACAUUUCAGAUCAGGAAAAGCAAGAACUCAUUCUCUCGCUAAAUGACCAUUUGAAAUUUGUUUCUCAGCUGAAGGAUGCUACAAGUUCUGGUGAGCUCAAAAGAUUGGUUGAGGAACCUAAGGAGCUCACGUUCGAUGAUAUAAUCUCUGAAAUUGAAAAUAGCCGCGCGGAACUCGAAAAAGGCGAACCGGAAGAAUCGUGGAAUCCGCUCAGCUUGGCAUCUCAGCACCAAGACGACUAUUUUGUCGUGAACGAAGGCCUCAUUAAACAAAAUAAGCAAUAA